AUGUCUGAUACUAAUAUUGAUAAAAAAUCAAAUCAAAAUGUUAAUUCAAUAGAUGAUAAAUCAUUAAAUAAUAUUAAAUCUACAACAUCAUCAUCUUCAUCAAAUGAUUUAAAGAACAAUAGCAAUCAAAUAGCUAAUUCAGAUUCAAAAGAUCAUCAUGUUAGUAAAUCAAGUUCAUCAUCAAUGGAUUCAAGACCUGAUAGACCUGAUUAUCAACAUCAUCAUCAACAACAUCAAUCUCAAAAUUCUAUAAAUUCAAGUUAUAAUCCAGGAAAUCAACAAUAUCAACAACAACAACAACAACAACAAUACAAUAACUACAAUCAGCAACAGCAGCAACAGUAUACUAAUUAUAAUGGAAAUUCAAAUUAUUAUUACAAUAACAAUAAUAAGAAUCAAUAUAAUAAUAAUCCAAAUAAUAAACAUUAUUCUGGUAAUAGACAAGGGUCAUAUAAUCAAAACAAUAAUCCAAAAUAUAAUAGUAACAAUCAAAAUAAUCAAUCUGGUCCAGGUCAUAGGAAACUGUUUAGUAACUCGAAAGUAAAUUAUUCUCAUCAUAAUCUUCAACAAGAUCCAAAUCAACAACAACAACAACAAUAUGGAAAUUUUGUUUAUGGUGGUACACCAAUGUAUGGAGCAUAUAGUUAUUAUCCUCCAGCAAUGUAUGUUCAACCAAUUCCUUAUAGUACUCAACAACAAACUCCAAAUUAUUUACCUCAACAAAAUGGUAAUAUUAAUAAUAUUAAUGUUAGUUCUAAUAAUUCAACAAAUUCAACACCACAACAUCAACAUCAACAAUUAAGAACUCCUCCUGUUGCAAGAGUUAAAUUAACUACAAAAGAUGGUAAACCUGUUGAUUUAGAAGAUAAAAAGAAAAAAACUGCUUCUUCAACACCAAUUGCAUCUCCUUUUAUUAAAAAUGCUUCUCCUGCUAUAAAUAAUAUUAACACCACAUCAGAAAGUAAGGAGCCUACAACUACUUCAAAGGCAUCUUUAUCAACUCCUGAAUCAAAUGUUGCUUCUCCUGCUACUACAACUUCAACCACAACUACAACAACUGAAACUCCAGUAGCUAAACCAGGACUUUCUGCUGCUGAAGAGUUUAAAAGAAAAAUUAGAGAAAGAGCUGCUGCUGCCGCUGCUGCAAAAGAAAAACAAGAAAAGCCUGCAGAAUUAGUAGUAGAGACAAAGAAAGAAGAGCCAAGAGAAGAGCCAAAGAAAGUUGAAGAGACUGAAGAAGAAGUAAAACCAACUAAGGAAGAAGUAAAAGCUGAACCUACACCAGAAGUCAAAGAACCAGAAACCAAAUCUGAUGAAGUUGUGAAGAACUCUACUGAAGAACCAAAAGAAGAGGCUAAAGAAGAGUCAAUAGUUGAAGAACCGAAAGAAGAAUCAAAAGUUGAAGAACCAAAAGAGGAACCAAAAGAGGAACCAAAAGAGGAACCAAAAGAAGAACCAAAAGAAGAAUCUAGAGCUGAAGAGCCAAAAGAAACACCACAAGAAACUAAAGAUGAAGUCAAAGUAGAAGAGCCAUCAACAGAUUCAAAGGAAUCGCCACAAGAGAAACCAGAAGAAUCAUCACAAGAACAACCUCAAGUAGGAUCAAAAGAAUCAGAAGAUACCACUUCCUCAACAACUGAUUCUACUACAACUGCAUCAACAACUCCAGAAUUUACAAUUACUCAAUUUUUAGAAAAAUUAAAUGAAGUUAGUAUAAUUAACAACAUUUUAGAAACUAGUUAUCCAGAAAACAUUAAAGGUGUUGAUGGAACAAAACAAAUUUCUGCUAAAAAAUAUAGAUAUGAUCCUCAAUUCUUAAUUCAAUUUAGGGAUGUUAUACAAUAUCCAAUUGAUGCUCCUUUUAAAACAAGAUAUGAAUUUAUGGAUUUAAGUCAACAACAACAAGGUGGUUCAGGUGGGUUUAAACGUUCUGGUUCAACAAGAGAUAGUUCAAUGCGUAACAAUUUAGGUGCUGGUCAAAGACAACCAAGUAGUAUGAAUACAAGAUUUAAUGCACCACAUGGUGGUAAGGGAAUCUUGGGAGCACAAGCAAAUUUUGAUAAUAGUAGACAAAAUUCAAGAAGUGGUUCAAAAAGAAGAGGAACUUCAAGUAGAGAUAAAUCAACAAGAAAAGGUGGUGCACCAAGUAAAAGAGGUACAAAUACUAGAGGUGGUCCAGAUAUGCGUGAAAAGACAGAAGAAGAAAUUGCAAAAGCAAACAAACCAGUUGAAGAAGUUAAACCCUUGGAAAAAUCUGCAAAUAGAUGGGUUCCAAGAUCAAGACAAACAAAAGUUGAAGUACGUUAUGCAGAAGAUGGUAGUGUAAUAUUAGAAAAAGAAGAUGUUGAAAGAAAGAUUAAAUCAUUAUUAAAUAAAUUAACUUUGGAAAUGUUUACUGCUAUUACUGAUGAAAUGUUAGAUAUAACAAAACAAUCAAAAUGGGAAAAAGAUGCAGCAACUAUUAAACAAACCAUAUCAUUAACAUUCCAAAAGGCAUGUGAUGAACCAUAUUGGUCAGAAAUGUAUGCUAAAUUUUGUGCUAAGAUGACUCAAAAUAUUUUACCUGAAAUUACUGAUGAAUCAAGUACUUUAAAAGAUGGUACUCACCCUGCUGGUGGAGCAUUAGCAAGAAGAGUAUUAUUGGCUACAUGUCAAGAAGAAUAUGAAAAAGGUUGGAGUGAUAAAUUACCUACAAACGAUGAUGGAUCACCAUUAGAACCUGAAAUGAUGAGUGAUGAAUAUUAUGCAAUGGCAGCUGCUAAAAGAAGAGGUUUAGGGUUGGUGAAAUUUAUUGGACAUUUAUACAAUUUAAAUAUGUUAAAUGAUCAAGUCAUUUAUGUAUGUUUAAAAGAUCAAUGUAAUAAUACUACGGAUCCAAGUGAAGAUAGUUUAGAAAAUUUAGCACAAUUAAUAAAAACAGUUGGACCAAAAUUAGAUGCAAAUGAAAGAACUAAAACUAUGCUUAAAAUUGUUUUUGAUAAUAUUCAACUUAUAUUAAAUCAAGUAAAAUUAAGUUCAAGAAUUAAAUUUAUGUUAAUGGAUUUACAAGAUUUAAGAAAAAGUAAAUGGUCAAAUUCUAAAACAGAAGCUCAACCAACUACAAUAGAAGCUAUACAUAGAGAUGCAGAAAUUAAUAGAUUAAAACAAGAAAAAGAAAAAUCUAAAAAAAGAUAUAAUAAUCAAACUGGUACUAAUUUAAAUGAAAGAUCUAAUCUGCAUUAUGGUUCAAGAGAUUCUGGUUUUGGUUCAUCAUCAAUUUCAAAUCAAUCAUUACAAAAUCAAAACAAUAAUAAUCAAUUUUUCAAAAAAUCACCAUCGUUUGGUAGAUCAAAUUCAAAUAUACCUAACAAUUUAAGUGAUAGAAGUGGAUCAAAUCGUAAUAAUAAUGAUAGAAAUGCAUUUACUAAUGUAACAAGUAGUAGUGGGAACAAUAACACCUCAAGUACUGAUCUUCAAAGAGAUUCUUCCAAGAGAUCUGAAACUCAACAACAUGUUAAUAGAUUUGCUGCAUUAGACGCUUUGGAUAAUGAAAAUGAUGAUGAAGAUGAGGAAGAAGAUGAAGAAGACGAGGAAGAAGAAGAAGCUGAGGAAGAAGAAGAAGAGAAUGAAGAAGAAGCUGGUGAAGAAGCUGAACAAGAUGUUGAAGGGGAAGCUGAUGCUGAAGACGAGAUUGAAGUGGAGAAUGAUUCAAAAGAUCAAGAAUAG